AUGUACAAGUUAUUCGUUGCUCCAAAGAAAACUUCAAAAAAUGUUAAGAAAGCUAAGAAGACAAGAGAAGAAGUACAGCGAAAUGAAACAGAACUUGAAGCUAAAAAUGUUGUGAUUCCUUCUGUUUCAUAUGAGACUUCGCAAACCUCCGAAGGAGAUGGAGUCUUUUACCCUCCUGGUUCUGAUGAAGAAAAAUUCAGCUCUGAAGAAGAAGAUAGUGAAGAUUCUAAAAAAUCUGAUGAAACUGAUAAAACAAGCAGUAGUAGACGAAGUACUUCGCAAACUUCUGAAAAUACAAGAAAAAGACGAAGAGAAGAUUUAUCCGAAGAUGAACAAGAACCUAAUGAUCAAGAUGAUGU